UAAAAACGUCAAGAAAAAAUCAAAAGGACACGAAAACAUAGGAUAGCAACCAAUGUGGCGACAAAAGUUCGGAAGAAUGUGAAAAUAAAAAGAGGAAAAAAAUAACUUUCGGACGGACAGGAACAUAUGUCAUCUCCCAUCGCGGCCCCGUGUCUCUCAUUUCCCCUCUCUGUUCACAAAAACGGAUUUGAAAAGUAAACCCAGAAAGAGAAAGAAAAGAGAGAGAGAGAGAAAAAAACAAUUCUGACCGACCUUGUGACUCAAGAAAAUAAAAGAAAAAAGUGUGGUGUUGUCUUCGUAGUGUGCUGACCGAGGUGACUAAGUGCUUCAAGUCCUAUCCACUCUCCUCAACCAAAGACUAUACUAGAGGUGCUGAGACUACUAACAGGUUCUAUUAUCCAGGUAAACUUCUGUGGUGCUGACUGGGGAGCUAACUGAAUAGGAAUCUAAGCAAAGGUGCUCAUGAGUGACUUGGUGCUACCCUAAGAGGGAAGUUGUGAAGUGAAGAGGACCGUCAGUAAAGGGAAGAGGACAGCAAGGAGGGUGAGGACAAGGAAGAGCAGUCAUGGCUAUCAACGUGGUGUUCCCUCUGCUUAUCCCACUCGAGGAGGACGUUUAUAAUGCAACGCGCCUCCUGCCCGGGGACACCUCUGGGGCCUCUGGCGUUCACUCAGGCGAGGUACUGCGUGGUGGUGGCUGAGGAUGCGGUGCCCUCCUCCUCCCUCGCCUCCGUCAGGGCUGUACAUAAGCAAGGAGCCGAGGUGCGGUACACGCUGAAGCAGGGGAACAAGGAAGGCCUUUUCUCCGUCGGCCACUCUUCAGGGAUCAUCAGUCUGGCCGCGCCCUUGGAUUAUGAGGCGCAGAGCAAGCAUGAGUUCGUAGUGCUUGGGGAGGGCGGCGGAUCAGCUGCCCACGCCCUGGUGCGGGUGGUAGUGGCUGACGUGAACGACAACCCACCCGUGUUUGUGCGUCCAAGACCUCACGUGACGGUGAUUGAGGAGGACGACAGGGACUUGCCUUUGCCUCUAGCCAAGGUGGAGGCGAACGACAUUGAUAAGGUGGAUACUGGGAGCUUGCUGUACACGAUUUCCGGGGAUGGUGUGGAUGGCUACGCAUCUAGUGACGCUUACUUCACUGUAGAUCCCAACAGCGGAGAGGUGAUACAAAGAAAGGCGCUGGACCGAGACCCACCGACAGGACGCACCGUGUGGCGAGUGAAGGUUACGGUGAGGGACGGACAGAUGGGCGCCUGGCAGGAGAGGGAUGAAGAAGAGGACGGGCGCUAUUACUCCCCCCCGUCUCAUGAUCCCUCCAGAAGACUUCACCGUGCUUCUGGAAAGGGCUUAGAAGGAGUUGCAGUAGGAGGGGAGCCUGACACAGCGCUGGUGGUGAUUGAAGCAGGAGAGACGAUGGCACCAGUUUCAGACGCUGAUGCAAAACGCCAUAACAGUAACGGUGUCCUGAGGAGGAUGAAGAGGAGCAGCAGAAUUAGUUGUAGUGGUAGCAGCAGUUGUUGUAGUAGUAGUGGUAGUGGUAGCAGUAGUAGUCUUUGUAGUAGUAACCACGACAUUGAGCUGCCUUUACACCUCAGAUCUACUAGUAAUAUCACUACUACUACCAUGACUGCUACAACUACCUUUGCCACUGUCACUACCACUGCUACCACUACAGCUACAUCCACACUCAUAUCUUUGGACAGAAAGGAAAGAGCUGCUGUACAUGAAAUAAGUGAAACCGAACGCGUAUUAUCUCUUACUCGAGGCGGAGAGAAGGAAGGACCUCAGGGGGGCAACUUAAGAGCAGAAAUACAAUGGGAAGUUCAAUCUCACUUACCUUAUUACGACGAGGUGGAGUCCCGGAGAUGGCGAAGGAAACGAAGGAGAAGAAAAGUAGAUAGAGAAAAUUGGUUAAGGCGAGAAAGUGAAGACGAGAAGAGAGAAAAGAUAGAAAGGCAAGGACGAGGACAAGGAGGAGUAGGAGGAGACAUGCUAUUAGAUUCACCGGCGAGGCAGCACCGUAACUCCGCCUUAACGACUCAUGCCAACACUAUCACGACAUCAAUCGGAGGCAGCCACACUACAGACGUCUUCAAGUGGCCCCAGCCCAGCCCCCUUCAGCUCCCCGUCGCCCCCUCCGGCAGGCAGUUUCUCCUCGACGUAGCAAAGCCUGUCGUUGCAAGACACGCUGCCGAGGACGUUCCUUUAUCCUCACUCUUUUUUCCUUCAUUUGGUACGAGAGAGAGAGCUAAGAGAGGACAAGGAAUUGGAAGGAAAAAGAGAGAGGUGAACGACAUCAUUUUGCUCGGGUCUCGCCGGCCGGCAGGCGACGGUCGGGGGAAGAACGUGAGUGUGGUGGGGGCUGCCCGUUACCUGGCACACGCUCUGAAAAAUGACCGAAGCAUUGUGAACGAUGGCCCAGGAGGGAGAGCAGAGCGGGAUCCCAACGAGGCCGCUACUAUCGCCAUCACCAACCUCAACAGCACCGCCAGCGCCUUCCUUCCUCCCUCUUCGCCCUGCUCUUCCUCUGCUUUUAUCUUCCCCGCUGCCGAGAGACGAAGAUUUCUGCGCCCAAACUCCACUUCCUUCCCAUCCAUCUCCUCAGCCAUAACCUUUUCCGCGCGGAGAAAAAAGGCAGCAGGAACAGGUGGGGUAAAAGGAAAAAGCGGGCGUCUCAUUUACGGUGUUUUCAAUGCAUCACCAAGACUCCUAAUCCGCGUCCCCGCUGCGAGCCGGGAUAAGAGGAGACUUAAUGAAAACGUGCACCCAGACGCUCUAAGGAGGCCCCGCAGCAUGGUACUCCACAGUCCUCAUGCAUCCCGCGCCUCCCUCCACCAGCCCUAUAUCUCAAAAUUAAGAAUGCGCCUUCCCAACCCGGUAGUAAAUCCAAGACAGCAGCGCAGAGGCAAGCGCGAGGCAGCGGCCUGGAAGAUAUACCGACACCGCCAAGUUCUGGGAACUCAGGAAACUUUGAGGAACGUGGAACGCGAGGAGCCGCCAGCCGCUGAGAGAGGCAAGGCAGAGGGACGGGAAGACGUGCAACUUCCCACGUCCGACACUGAGGAUUUGCUGGUGAUGUUGCCUCGUUUUGCGCCCACGGAGACUGAUCUUCCUUCAACCUUUACAUCUCUGUCCUUCCCGUCCUCAUCCGUCGCCUCCACUGCCUCAUCAUCCCCAAAUACACGGUCCUCCUCCUCAUCUUCUUCCUCUGUGGCGCCGUCAUCCUUCCCAUCCUCUUCCCCCUUCACCUUACAGAUGCCUUUGGCGGGUAAAAAGAGACCUGCCAUUGAGCGUCCAUCCCUGGAGAAUACCUCUGAGCAGCCCGUGAAGCCCCGCCGCCCAGCCAGGAGGGAACAAAGGGACCUAGAGACGACUUUCCACACGAACUACAAGGAGGAGGAAGAGGAGGAGGAAGAUGACAGAAAUGGUUACGGGGAGUGCAUUUACUUCACCCCGUCCCUGACCACCUCACGACAGCCUCCGACCGUAACACCUGAAGGAGGGAGUGAAGGAGAGACUGGAGGUGGAAGGGCGCAGCACAAGGCGGAGACAGUGCUGACAGUGAUGGUGAAGGAUAUCAAUGACAACGCUCCAGUCUUCCCCAACACCACCAUCUACGGACAAGUGCAGGAGAACGGCGCAGCUAAUCUGUCAGUUGCUGUCGUCUCUGCCUGGGACGCGGACGAUGCCACUGAAGGAACCAACGCCAAGCUCACUUACUCCAUCGAGAAGAACGUGAUUGACGAACGCACGGGCGAGGCCAUCUUUGCCGUGCACCCUGAGACAGGCCUGGUACGGACCGCCCUGUGUUGUCUGGACCGCGAGACCACGCCAGAGUACCAUAUUCAAGUGGUGGCGACGGACGGCGGUGGACAGAAAGGGACAGGCACGGUGGUGAUACGCUUGUCCGACGUUAACGACAACUCCCCGCGCCUUGCCAGAAAGCAGUGGGACUUGACGGUACAGGAGACGUGGGGCGACAAGGAACCAGAGAACACGACACUACUGGAGAUUGCUGCCGCUGAUAGAGACACUGCCAACCAUUUCUACUACCGGGUGGUGGACGAGAGCGGCUGGGGCUGGGAGCACUUCAAGAUAAGGACAGUGGGGGCGGUGGGACAGCUCUACCCAGUGCGGACGCUUGAUUAUGAAGAUGAGAGGCACCGCAGAGGCUUCAAGUUUAUGGUGCAAGUGACUGACCGGGGUCGUGGUGGCUGGACUGACCCACGACAUCUGGACACAGCCUGGAUUUCAGUCAAACUUACCGACGUGAAUGACAAUCCGCCUGCCUUCCCUCGCCCCCACGCCCAUGUCACAGUGCGAGAGGAUGCUGUCCCUGGCACACUGCUGGCCACGCUGCCCGCCCGCGAUCCUGACAUGGCAGGGCAACAGAAGGUAGAUUACUGGGUGGAGGGUGGCUGGGGAGCGCUGAAGGUGGACGAAAAGGGCAGCGUCACCUUGUGGAGAGCUUUGGACCGCGAGGCUCCUGGGGGCGCUUCUGGAGAGGCACUGGUAGUUGCUGUUGACAGAGGACGCCCGCCCCUCACAGCCACAGCCACUCUCUCCCUUACUGUGACGGAUGUGAAUGACUGCCCACCGACCCUCCUGCCACCCACUGUUUUUCACGUGAUGGAGGACGCCCCGCCAACUCUACUAGGGACGCUGAAAGCCACGGAUGAGGACGUCUGGGCGCUGGGUCACGGGCCGCCCUUCAAUCUGUCGUUAGCUACAACCAAUCCUGCGCAUGUUCUCGAGUCUCUUUCCCUCAAGUUUGACCCGCGUUUGGACAGCGGCAGGGGCGGGGCGGAGCUAUGGACUGUAGGCGGGCUGGACAGGGAGGCGUGGGCGGCGCUGAAGGUAGACGUGGUGGUAGUGGACGCGGGCGGAUUGACAGCCACCCAUACCCUAACUGUUGUAGUGGAUGAUCUGAACGACCAUCCGAUGAAACCUGCAGCCAAGACAGUGUACCUGUGGAAGACGCAGGGAGGCGGUUCUGAGGCGCCCCUGGGUCGUGUUUACGUGGACGAUCCUGAUGACUGGGACACGGAAGACAAGUCGUACGCGUGGGAUGGGCCGUCUCACCACCUCUUCUCGCUGCAUCCCCGGCAAGGCACCAUCUUCGCCUCCAGUGUGGUGAGGGAGGGAAGGUACUCCCUCCGGUUCCGGGUGAGCGACAGGGCGUGGGGGCAGCGCGACGUGGCAGCCAAUGUCACGGUGGUGGUGCGGGAGCUGAGCCAGGACGCCCUCACCCACGCCACGCCCAUCACCCUCACACCAACCACGCCCACGCGCCUCACAAAGGGAUGGACGCCCUCGGGAGGCGGCGGAGUGCUGGGCCGUUUACUGAAAGAAGUGCUCAAAGUUGUAGGCGGCAAAGGGACGUUCAAUCAAAACAAAGUGGAGGUGGUAUCAGUCUAUGGCAGUCACUCCCCUUACCACCACUCCCAUCAGCAUCCACACUCCAGCCACCCCCUUUACCCCAUCACCAGCCAGCAACAGCAGCAGCACCGUCGACCUCACCACAGCUACCACCACUAUUACUACUACUACAACUACAACCACAGCAGGACCAACGGGAAGAAGAGUAGCGGUGAUUUUGCAGGUUCCUCUGACGAAGACGAGGGAGGCAGUGCAGAUGAUAUAGUGGUGACAGAGAGGGUAGAGAGUAAAGACAAGGAGGAAGGAGACGGUGAGCUGCCUCCGCCUCCUCCCUCUGCGUGCGUGUGGCUCAGUGUUGUGAAUUCGAACGGAGUGUUUAUGAAUCCAACCAAACUACAAGGACUUCUUGGCCUUCACGUAAGACAGUUGGAGGAAGCCACGAGGCUCAGAGUGGAUCUAGAAUCUCCUGAAGAAGCUGGUCGACGCUUGAAAGAUGCAGAAACUCCGCCACCUCUCUCCAACCACCAGCCAGGGGAGCCUUCCUCAGCUGCCUCCCUCGCCUCUACUGCACUCCCACUUCAAGUCGUAGACACCAACAUCACUUCUCUGGUCACCCCGCGCCUCACCCGCGCCCUUUCCUGCCGCGCACAUGAGCCUGAGACCUGCACUCCUUCUUCCUGCCUCAACGGGGGCCGCUGCCUACCUCAUCCCGCCGGCAACAGGUGCGUGUGUCCAGGCGGCGCUGAAGGAUGGCAAUGCAAGGUCUUAGCCCGCACCUUCCUUGGUUCAGGAUGGGCGUGGGUGCCUCCUAUACCCCGCUGCCUACCCACCACUAUCUCCCUCCGCAUCCUCACCCGCCACCCACACGCCCUCCUCCUCUAUGCCGGCCCCAUGGCGCCCACACAGCGGCCCGAUGACACCGCUCCCACCCCAAUGCUAGCCCUGCAGCUGAGACACGGCCGUCCGCAACUCCUGGUUGAGGGAGGACUGGAACCGAUCAAAGUAGAGGUGAACGUGACGCUAACGGAUGGAGAGUGGCAUGACCUCCACCUCCACCUCGACGGCAAGGGGGUGGCGUUAAUGGUAGACCGCUGCGGGCGUGGGUGGAAGGAACACGCCGACCACGCUCCCGCCCAUUGCACAGGCCGAGUGUCGUGGGUAAGCCCGUGGGAUUUGGAAGCAUGGCCUGGCUCAGUGCCGCUGCAGGUGGCCGGGCUAGCUCACUCCCCGCCCACUGCUGACCAGCACAGGUGGGGUGAGGCGCCUAUUCCUCGCCCAUUCCACGGCUGCCUCUCUCAUCUCACGCUCAACGGCCAGUUGGUGGACUUGGGGCAGCCGGCACACAGCGGGGGCAGCGCUCCGGGAUGUCGCCCUCAAGAGGAAGCCUGCCCUGGCGGCGUAGGGAGCUGUGGGUAUCGAGGAGCCUGCGUGGGUGGCCUUAACCAACCGGAGUGCAUGUGUCAGCCCGGGUGGGCGGGGAUUGAAUGCGCCACGCCCACUCAGCCCGCGACUUUGGGAGAAGGUUCCUACAUGCGGGUGGCUCUAUCCUUCACGCCCCCGCCCACCGCCCUCAGUCUGCAGGCGAGGAUACGUGUUCCCAGGGCUGCCUCAGGGACUCUGGUGCACGUAGCGGCCCAACACAACACAGCAGCCUUCACCAUGCACCUUCGCUCCGGUAUCGUCUGCGCAUCCCUCACUAGCGCGGGUAUGGGCGUACGUGAAGCCUGUGUCGAAGGGCGCAGUGUGGGCGACGGGGCGUGGCAUACAGUCUUUGGCGAACGUCACGGUGACAAUUUGCUAGUGGGUGUGGACGACGGUGAUGGCUGGAGAAGAAAUGAGAGUCUUCCUUCACUGUGGGCGUGGAGUGGGCAUGCCCGUGGGCGUCUCAGAGGUGGACCAGACUUAUCACCGCCUUUCCCUCAGCCUGUCGCCCUCCUGGUGGACAAACAUGAAGGGGUGACGGUGGGCGGCUUGCCAAAGCUGAUGGGCGUGAAAGUGAUGGGUGUUGCGGAAGAUCUAACUGAAGCGUGCAUUGAUGACGUGCGCGUGUCAGGCCGCCAGCUGCCCCUACCACCUGCUGCCAACGGGACCAGCUGGGGUCAGGUGACCACAGCACGACACCUAGCUGCCGGUUGCGUGACUCCCGAUCCUUGCAUCAACACCACCUGUCCCGCGCCUCUCACCUGCACUGCCACACCGACCUGGGACCAAACCGCCUGCAGCUGCGGAAGUGGACGGCGUCAGGUUGAGAGGCACUGUGAGGACGUGGAUGAGUGUCUGUGGCGCCCUUGCCUACAUGGUGGCACCUGCACAAACCUGCGCCCUGGCUAUCUUUGUCUCUGCGGCCCCGCGCACGCAGGAGAUAAUUGUCAAUGGAAUACACACGCCCGCCCACCCUCCGCUCUCACCGCCCCAGCUGCUCUCGCCGCUCUCACAGUUUCCCUUGUUGUUUUACUCAUCCUCGCUGUCGUUGUAUCCCUGCGCCUCCACCGCCACCGAGGAAACCUGUGCGUGAGGGCGCCAGCAGGGGAGGAGGUGGAGGGUGGCACAAAGGGAACGUUGGUGGAAAUGAAGCCAGGGGGACGAGGAGGAAGAGGGAGAGACGACCCAGGAGGAGGUGGAGGUGGAGGGAAAGGAAAAGGGAAGUUAGCCAUGAAGGAAGAUGCAUCUCAGGAGAAGUUUCUAGUUCGUCUUCGUUUGAAACUUCAGUCAAGAGGAGCUUUGAGUUCCAAGGCACUGAAGGAACGAGACAAAGCCAGCCUCGGGAGCAGCAGCAGCAGCAGCAGGCGAGGAUCUAGUGGGAUAGGAAGGGGAGGAGUCACCCCGCCCCCUGUAACCCCAGUGAUGGUGACCCCGAACCAGACGCCUGACCUGGCUCGGGAUGACCUCCGAGCCUACGCCUAUGAGGGAGACGGGUCAUCGUCGGGCUCCUUGACCUCAACGAUAUCAGAGCUCAAGGUGGAGAUCAGCGCCCGGGAAGAGGGAGAGACGGGCAGCACCAGACCCUCCGCCAUCCAGCUCAUUCCAGGGUUCCUCGAGGUGAUGGACUUGUUGAAAAACCUCCCUGAAGCUUCAAACAGACCUUCGCCUCUCCAGCAGCCGCGAAGGAGGGUCCCUGAGCCACCCAGAUCACCCCCUGUGCCUCCCCCGCCUCCGCCACCCUCAGGAGAAGCCAUAGCAGCCGCAGCCGCCGCUGCCGCCAGUAGCAUUGUGUCCCUAGAGCCUGGAGAAGUGAAGGCCAGGACGAGGAUAGCGCACUUGUCUCCGGCACGGCGCAAAGGAGGAGACGAAGUGGUGGAAGGGGAGCUGUCCACUGUCUGCUGACGGAGGACCAGCUGGUGGUGGCUGUGGAGGUGGUGGUGGUGGUGGUGGUGGUGGUGGUGG